CUGGCUACUACUGGGCGCUGUUUGAUGGCCACGGGGGCCCAGAAGCUGCCAUCAUCGCCUCCAACUAUUUGCACUACUGCAUCAAGCAGAAGCUGGAGGAGGUCGUGGGAGGCAUCACAGAGGCCCGGCCCCCCAUGCACCUGAGCGGGCGCUGUGUUUGUGACAGCGACCCCCAGUUCGUGGAGGAGAAGCACAUCCACGCAGAAGACCUGGUGGUGGGAGCCCUGGAGAACGCCUUCCAGGAAUGUGAUGAAGUCAUUGGCCAGGAGAUGGAAGCUACGAACCAGAGAGGAGGCUGCACUGCUCUGGCUGCCCUUUAUUUCCAGGGGAAGCUGUACGUGGCUAACGCUGGGGACAGCAGGGCAAUUCUUGUUCUGAAGGACAACGUCGUGCCCAUGAGCUGCGAGUUCACACCCGAGACAGAGAGGCAGCGAAUCCAGCACUUGGCUUUUCUCUUCCCCAAGCUCCUGGAUGGUGAGUUCACGCGCUUUGAGUUUCCACGGAGGUUGAAGGGAGAUGACGUGGGCCAGAAGGUCCUGUACCGGGAUUACUUCAUGGAGGGCUGGGGAUACAAGACGGUGGAGAAAGCCGACCUCAAGUAUCCUCUUGUCCACGGUCAUGGGAAGCAGGCUCGCCUGCUGGGGACCCUGGCUGUCUCGCGAGGUCUGGGGGAUCAUCAACUCAAAGUCAUCGACACCAACAUCGAAGUCAAACCUUUCCUCUCCUGCAUUCCCAAGGUGAACGUGUUUGACUUUGCUCUGCAUGACAUUAAGGAAGAUGACGUCCUCAUCAUGGCAACUGAUGGCCUUUGGGAUGUUCUGAGCAACAAAGAGGUGGCCCAUAUGGUCAGGAGCUUCCUUGCAGAAAACAGGACAGAUCCUAACAGAUUCUCAGAACUGGCCAAGUGCUUGGUAUGCAGAGCAAGGGGAAAGAAGAGAGGCCACCAGUGGAUGCUGGAUGACAGCCAGGAGGCAUCCUACGACGACAUCUCUGUAUUUGUCAUCCCACUGCACAACAGGGAUGAGGACUGACCCUUGGACGCGGGAACUCGAUGUCCCCCCUGCUGUGGUGCUGGUCAGCAUCGACCCGACACCGAGGGAUUUGUGCUGUGCAUGUACACUCUCUUCCAGCAAAAACAUCUGCAGCAGGACCUGAAAACGCACAGUCAGCACUUACACAGAAGAUCAACAAGAACAUUAGCUCGUUAAGAACAUGCAAGAGAGCAGCAGUGGGCAACAAAUCAUUGCCCAGAACGGGCAGAACGGGAUGGCGUCAG